AUGCUAACUGGGACAAGCUCUUUGUCCUCAUUUGCUUGUGCCCUGAUGCUGUGGGCUUUGUUUUCUCCUCCAUCGGUUCAGGCCUGUCAAGGAGAUGAAUUACCGCGUGACAUGGUGCUUGGCUGGCUGAAAAGAAGGAUCCUUGAAGGUUUGGGGUUGGAUGAGCCUCCUCUGCCAGUGUUGCAGCUGCCAACACGACAGGCAGGGAACAGAGCUGUGCACCAUGUAGCAUCACGAAUGACUAGGGAAACAAGAAUGGAAAGAAGACACCAUCAGGAGUCCUCUCAGGUCAUUCUGUUCCCAAGCUCAGAGUCUACAUGCAAGGAUAUACCUGACCACUCUUCUGAUGCUGCACCUGGUCACUUCACAUACUAUUUUCAGCCCUCUUUGGACAGCAAGGAAUCCGUCAUCACUUCUGCACACUUCUGGUUCUAUGCCGGAGAGACCAUCGUUUCCAUCAACAUCUCGGCACCACUCUUCAUCCUCACCCAUAAUAAGGAGCUCCUCAAAGCAUCUGAAAGUCCAGUCAAACGCUCUCCUGAUGGAUGGACCACCUAUAAAUUGGAUGUUCAUCUCCACACUCCCAUGGCUGAUGGUCAGUUUAUGCUACAGAUUCGCUGCCAAACCUGUAGUUGCUAUGAUUCAGAAGACAAAACACCCUUUCUGCACCUCCACACCCGCUCAAGUGGCCCUGACCGCUCCCGCAGAGCACCCAAAAUCCCAUGGUCACCAGAUGCCAUUGAUAAUCUCAAAAGACCUGGGUCUCAGGGAACUGACUGCAGAAGAGAGCAGAUAGAAAUCUCCUUCGAGGACCUUGGGUGGAACAACUGGAUUGUUCAUCCUAAAUCGUUCACCUUCUACUACUGCCACGGCAACUGCUCCAGCACUGAACGCAUCACCACCAUACUUGGGAUCACCCAGUGUUGCGCUCCUGUUCCAGAGAGCAUGAAGUCACUCCGUUUCACCACCACCUCAGAUGGGGGAUACUCAUUCAAAUAUGAGACCCUGCCUAACAUUAUACCAGAAGAGUGCAACUGCAUCUAACACUCUGCUGUGGCUUAGAUAUUUGUUAGUUGUGAGAUGUCAGCCAUUUUAAUUGAUCAAAGCAAAUAAAGUGUUGUUUAAGAUGGCUAAUGACAGAAAACCUCUACUUGAAGUUGGCUUUAUAUUUUAGCAUGUUAACCUUCAAAAACCUUUGGAAACAUUUUGUUACUUAAAGGUGCAGUAUGUAAGUUUGACACCCAGUGGUUGUACUAGGUAUUGCACUCCUGGAUCAAAACAUAUGCAAGGGCAGGUUGCCAGAUUGACGUGAGUGUACCUGAAUAUCGAGUCUUAAAGCUGAUUUGAACCAUUUUCUAACUAAAAGCAACAGCAGAAAAAAACAUUUUCAUA